AUGCAAGUUAACAUAAAUGCCAUAGCUGUACCUGCGUUACUUCGAAUUGCUUGCCCGGCGAACAAGGUCCUUAUUCUUUCUUCCUCCAAUGGGCUGGACGUAUCUGCCUUGUAA